AAUUGCAUCGCGAACGUUAACAUGGCAAGUUCAAGUAAAAUGCCCAAGCUGUCCUUAUCAAUGAAAAAGAAGCCAGUGCCGUCCACCAGUAUUAACAAUAAUGGGAAAGCUAAAGUUCGUUGCGCAGUGCCGUCCACAAGUGGGAAAGCUAAAGUUCUUAGCGACAUAAGGAUUGCACCACCAAAACCACCACAAGAUCCUAGGUGUGCAGUGCAGUGCAAACAUUCGACGCAUCCACCACCGCCGCUAAUACCUAUCGCGAGUGCGCCAUCCCUUCCGCUCCUAGAUGACCAAUAUUCGGUCAUCACGAUCAACUCAGACGAUGAGUCUGGGGGUCGAACAGCACAAAUACGUACGGAGCCGACUGUCGAUGCGCAGCUUGCGGAGCUGUUGGAUGCGAUUGAGGGUAGCGGGUCAUCAUGCACCCAAAAUCGAAUUUACCCGCCAUUAAUAAGGUCACCGUCGCCGGCUCCUCCACUUCUGCCAGCUGGAGAUCAGCAUGUAUAUACCACCACAACAACUAUGGCGGUGCUUCCAAGGGGUGGAAAAAACCUGGACCAAAUGCUUCAGCUUUAUGGAGUUGGUGGAGGAGACCCUUGCGGCGGCAACUGGAAUGGGAGCCCAUCAACGCCGAAACAGGUGGCUGAGGCGACCUACGCGAGCCUCCUUAAGAUGGCUCCCGAGUAUGAAAAAAAGCUGCUUGAUGCCCGGGCCAAGGUGUCCAAAUUGGUCCUCGACCUCGAAGAAGCGCGGGAGGAAGAAAGAGCCAUAGAUCAAGAUGUAAAAUAUCUCAACAAUCUCAUUCAAUGUCAUUUUUAACGCACAAUUUGUAAAAAUAAAUGUAAUAAAAACGCUCAAACGUCGUUGCUCCUUAAAAUUCAA